AUGGAAUAUCCUCCGCAGUAUCAACAGCCUCAUGGCCAACAUCCGCAUGCCUCGUCACACAUCCCUGGAGCUUACCAAGCGGGCCCACAGAACCCUGGUGCCCCGGUCGGCUCCAUGGCAUCCCCCACCAAUGCUCAGGCACCAAUGCAAUCACAACACUCCGCCCACCAGACUUCCCCUAUCGUUCCAUCGCAACAGCAUUACCAACAACAGGUACAGAAUGCGCCGGGCGCCGUUCACCAACAAAUGAACUUCCCCCAGGGCUACGGCGUCCCCACCGCCAUGCCCCAGUCAUACGGUAUCUCCCCCACCCAAGCGGCCGCCAUGGCCACCGCGGCCGCAUCUGGCCAGUUUUACCCUCUACACCAGGAUGUGACAGGACAGAUGGCCCAAGGAUCUCGAGGUUCACCUCGCAUGGCUGGUGUACAGAUGAAGCCCGAUCGGAACCCGCGUUCCCCCCCGCAGAUGGCAGGCCAGAUGCCUCCAAUGGGUGGUCAGGUCCAGAUGCCUCCCAACUCCCAGUUGCCACCCCGGCGGAUGAGCCACGUGGGAAGCCCUGGCGUGCAAAAUGCGCAGCCUGUGAUGAGCCACGUUGGCAGGCCCUCAAUAGCGCCCCCAAUGGGAGGCCCCCAAGCGGCAGUGCAACCGCACCAACCGUCCCCUGAGAUGGUGGCCAGUAACAACCAAGAAGAGUCCCCCUUGUAUGUGAAUGCCAAGCAGUUCCACCGCAUCUUGAAGCGUCGGGUUGCUCGACAGAAGCUGGAGGAACAAUUGCGCCUGACUUCCAAGGGCCGGAAACCCUAUCUCCAUGAAUCGCGACACAAUCACGCCAUGCGCAGACCCCGUGGCCCUGGUGGCCGGUUCUUGACAGCGGACGAAGUGGCUGCCAUGGACAAGAAGGUUGCUGAAGGCGAUCCAGACCCGCUGGCUGACCUCAUGGGAAAGGAGAACGGCUCUGCGACCAAGCGCAAAUCAAGUGAGGUCAACGAAGACCACGUGAAUUCGAAGAAGACCAAGGUUAUUGCCAGUGCCGAAGCAAGUGAGCAAGACUCUGCUGACGCAUCUGAUGAUGAUGGUUGA